CAAACCGAAAAGUCGAAUUUUAAAAAAAAUGCAAAAGUUUGAUUGGAGAUCCAUGAUCAAAAUGAACAUUGUAGUGCUGAGAUGUGUCGGUUUGUGGCCUUCUGGGGAAGAAAGUUACAAACCGGGAGUUUACACAAUUUACGCUUCAACAGUUUUGACACUUUUCCUCCUGGGCCACAUUUUUUUUCAAGCUGUUAAUGUCUACUUCAUCCGCAACAAUUUAAGUGCUGUGACGGGCACCAUUUACAUUCUUCUGAUCGAGAUUUUGUUGGUUUUUAAAGUCUACUAUCUCGUCAAGAACAUGACCGUGUUGAAACAGUUGUUGAAGAUGUUGGAGACUGAAAUGUUUCAACCGAGAAAUUCGACACAAAUUAAUGAAAUUCAAGCCGACAUGAAGUUCUGGCAAAUGCUAAUUCGCUUUUUGUGGGUUUCUGUCAUGUGCUCGAAUUUGUUUUGGGCGAUUUAUCCACUUGUGGACAACGCAGGAAAGGAAAAACGGUUUCCGUUUCUGGCUUGGUAUCCGUAUGAUGCCCAAAAAUCGCCUUACUAUGAAAUUACUUAUGUGUACCAAACCAUCAGUGUUAAUUAUAUGUCGAGUAUUCAUGUCAGUGUUGACGCACUUGCUGGAGCUUUGAACGUUUAUAAUGGAAAUCAGUUUGAUAUUUUAUGCGAUAAUUUAAGAAACCUUCACAGACUGACCAAAAAUGGGACAAUUGAUGCUGGACGAAAUUUUCGCUACUGUCUCAAACACCAUAAACAUAUCCUAGACUUGAAACUACAGAGUAGCAAAAUUUUCUACGCCACAUUUGAGUCCGAUUGGAUCGAAUUUUCAGAAGAAGUAAAAAAAGAACUGAUUUUUUUCGUAAUGCGGACGCAAAAACCUGUUAAAUUGUCUGCUCUAAAUUUAUUUUAUCUGAAUUUGGAUUCAUUUAUGCGGAUUCUUAAAACUUCCUGGUCUUAUUUUGCUCUACUGCACCAAAUUAGUAACAGAAACUCAUAA